GAGUGGGGGGGAGUUGCGUCGCGCCGCGUCGCGUUGCGACGUUCAUAUCAGUCAGUCCUCGGAGUUGGCGGCGCGUGUGUCGAUCGUCCUCGCGUGACUCGGUUGCUCCCCCGCUCGAAACGGUCGAUCACGUAUUCGCCAAUAUACGCGACGCUCGAGCAAAGCGGUUGUAAGUGCAAAUAUUAACCUCGCCUCGAGAGAUCGACGACUCAAGUCGGCGAAGGGGAAGCGGGACGGGGAGGAAGAGAACACGAAGCUCGCUGACGUUUCGAGUGUUUGACGUUCCCAGGUAAACGCGCUCCGUGUUUGACGAUAAACACGAGCGUCGCGGAGAUACGUUCCUCUCCGAAGAAGAGAGUUCCCGGAGCAGAUUCGGCGACGGGGCAUUGUUUGCCGCCGGCGAUAUGGUGCGCCCGGCUUCCGCGAAUCCUGAAUCUCGAGCGUCGCGCGGAAUUUGAAUUUCGCGACAACCCGACAAGUUGAAACUCGCAGCCAACUUCGCGCGACGUUACGCGUUGGUAUGUGUGCCGAGACGAAUUCGGAGCACGCGAAGUUGCCGCACUGAUUGCGAGACGCGCAGUUAACUUCGCGCCGAUCAAACGCGUGCCCGCCGUGGGAGAUUCGGUGUUUACGAUUCGCGUUAUUUACGCGAAUAUAAGCGGGUAAGUCGCACGACGCCGAGCCCCCGACGCUCGAAUUAUCGUGAACUUUGCCGAUGAGCGGCACGUCAUCGCGAAGCGUUUCAAUGACGCGACGACGUGCGAAUUGUCGGGAUGGGAAAACUGUGCGAGUGGCGAACCUGACGCGACCGUGUUGUCGAUCGUGAAUCUCGCGGAUUUUAUUCGAUAUAUAUCCACGAGGCGUGAAUUUUUCUCGAGGACACGCGCUUUUCGUCCACUGAUAAAGAUAUUCGAUCGCGAGUGCCGGAGUGUGCUUUGAUCAAUCGAACGGAAUCGAGAGAGUGCUGUGCGGAAAUAAUGAGAAGAAAAAUGGAGAUAUCGACGACCUUCUUCAUCUCGAUACUGGCGGUCAUCUGCCGUGGCAACGAACUCAAGGAUUAUUGUUCGAUACACAAGUUCGAUAAUCUACCGGGUGGCCUGAGGUUCACCAAGGAAGUCGUCACCACGGAAUACGCCAACGUGGGUGCGUUCAAGGCCCUCCACUGCUGCCUCAGGGGAUACAGGAGCAUCGAAUGGUAUAAAGAUAACAGGGCGUAUCCUUGGCCAGGCGGAGAGAGCCACUUUAUCCUAUAUCCCGAGAGCGCGAAUCAAACAAUCUACACGCAGGAGAUGAGAGCCUCGGAUGCGGGACGAUACUCCUGUCAGGCACGUAACGACACAACUACUUUGGAAGGCGACAUCACUCUCGCCGUACUCGAUGAAGAAUCCGGAAUCUAUACAGGGAAACCUCUACCCACCUACAGGCCAGCUUCACAGUUGGUACCCCUGGGAGGUACAGCGAGGCUCUUCUGCGAGGCUUAUCUGGGCAAGGUCGAGUUACCCGACGCCAAGAACUCCGUCACUUGGUCGAAAAGCGACAGCAACAUGACGCUUCCCAGCCACGGUAGGAUAGCGCAGAACAGGGUAUCCCGAGAGAACGAUAAGAUAGUCGGCUCUUAUUUGGAGAUCGAGGACGUUACUCUCGAGGAUUAUGGCGAGUACAAAUGCGAAGUCAGCAAUGGUGUCGACGAGGAGAUUACGUUGCCUGCUCAUCUAUACCGACAAGAACCGCAAUUCGCGUUAAGCCUUCCAAACGGAUCCUGGCGGAAGUCUCUUCUGUUGGCAGUCCUCGUCCUCGUCCUAUUACUAUCAGCUGGUGCAUUUUAUGCGCGUUGCUGGCUGCCACUCGCAUUACUCUACAAAGACAAGUUUGGUCGCCUCGAAGAAAACGACGGGAAGGAAUGCGACGCACUGGUGUGUUAUCACGAGAAGGACUCCAACCUGGUGAUCGGUAUCUUGAUACCCACCCUGGAGUCUAGGCAUCGAUACAAGUGCACGGCGCUGGAGCUGUCUCACCAGAAUCACAAUUGGAGCUUGGAGAUCGGCCCGCACGCCAACACGGCCCGGCGAAUCAUUGUCGUGCUUAGCCCAGCAUCCCUAGGCAACAUCUGGACAGACGCGAGCGUUGGCGCGGCAUUGAAGCAGCUGUCAUCGUUGCCGAUGAAGACGAUUGUCAUCUCGCUGAAGAGCCUGCCGAGCACGACGACGACGAUUGCGAAGCGAUCGCGACGCGAUCAUCCCGACGUCGACGUGAUCUCGUUUGAUCGAUUGACGAUCUUGUGCUGGCAGGACGGCGGCAACAAUGGCAGCAACGGCAACGGGACCGCUUCUUUUGGCAGCGGCGGUCGUAAAUUCUGGUACAAGCUCAGGUUGGCGAUGCCGGCGAUGCGACCGAUGGCGUCUGAGACCGGUUGCCAAUCGGUUGCCAUGAUAGUGCAGGCUAAUGGCAAGUGCGGACAGCAAAAGGCUCGCUCGCGCGAGAGUCUGGAGGUCCUUGUUUAGAAUCUUUGGCUCUUUGGCUCAUGUCCGUUCGUUCUAAGCGAUCCUCGCGAGCGAAAUCACUCAGUAUUCGAUUUUCGUGAAGGUCGCGGCAUCGAGAGGACCUUGAUCUUGAUUCGGAUCUCGCACGAACAGAGAUUCUCAAGAUUAUUAUUGUUCAAAAAUUCACUCAUUCUGAUUCGAGGAUGAUCUCGCGGGAAGGACCUUUUGUCUUUGAUUUGAUGAAAAAAUUGUGCGAUGUCGAUUUCGAUGAUACAAAUUUUACUCGAGUUUUUCAUCUCUUUUAGAACUUUUACUCCUUCUUGAAAUCCUAUGAAAGGACUAUUUUUGUCCGUGAUAUCGAUUUUUGAAAAAAUCGCGCGAUUCCUUUGAUUUUGGUCGAUAAAUUGUAUGUGUCAAGAAUGCGAGAAUAAUGUUUUGUGUCAUUGAAUAUUUAAUAAAAAAAUUUUUUUGUUUAAGAUUAAAAUGAACAAUCUUUUUUGAGUUCGGUGGUUCGAAUUAACGCGCGAGAAACGUGGAAAAGCCACAUUGUAGCUUUAUAUUACUAUGUUACAAUUGCGUUUCUUAUCGUGUCGUGUAUGAUUGGAAAGCAAAUUCGAUUUUAUGUCGCGUAUGUACGUUGCCGCAUAAAAGAAAACAGCUGCACGCAUCAUAAAAAACGAAUCAAGCAGAAAUUUUACCACAUAAAUUUUUAGAACUUUGAUUCUUCUGAAUUUACAGUUUGAAAUUUUACGCUCCCCAACAUUUAGAUUUUACAAUUUUUAGUCGAAAAAAAUCAAUUUUAAGAUAACGAGAAUCGCGUUAGAAUCUCUGGAUAUCUUAGACGUGAUUUUUUAUCCUAUCAUUUUCGUAGUUUACACGAAUCUGCUCGAUUCCUUUUAGACACCCUAUAGUUGGUAGGUAUGGAGCGCAGUUACGUAAAGGGAAACGCCUAAACGGAUAUUUAUGCAUCUUGGCGAGGUGCAACUGUUCUCGAAUGCAUCGCCUGACAGUGUGAAUCGACGAUGCGAAGUGUGAAUUUGUAUUCGCGAUAAGUUCGAGAACAUUAAAAACGUGGAGUGAUUUCUGCACAUUUUUUAUUGUCGGACAAUUACUGAAUUUUUAAUAUAGUGUGAAAAUUGUAAAAACAUUCCGAAAGCAAGAGAGAGGAAAAAGAUUCUGUAGCGAAAUGUCCUGCUGUUGUUAUUAAAAAUGAAUUUAUUCAAUUAAUUAUAAGUCAUUUUGUUUCUUUGUUGGAUUGUGAUUUUUAUUAUUACGGUUUUUGGAAAUUUGUAUUAUAAGAUGAGAAGAUGAUUAUACUUCUACCAAUUAAUUAGAAUUCUGUGUUGGGAACAAAUUUUAAAAGUAUCAAAAAAAUAAAUAAAUAAAAUAAGUAACUGUAAUAGGCGCGUAAAAUUGCUUUACAGUAGUAUUUGUAUUAUCGUAAAAAUAGUUUAUAUCAGAAAUCCGCAUUUCUCUCAGUAGACCCGUAUUAGAUAGCAUUGAAGGUGAAAUAAUGUUAAAAGAAAUUAAAUCAUCAAAAAUUUCUCUUCCUUUUAUUCGCUUUUUUCAUUUAAUUCUUUUAUAGCAGACCUAUCUGUCGAUUACGUUAUCGACAAUAAAGAUAAAAAAAUCGGAGCAAUGGAAUUACUGAAAUAAGUAGAUUUUCACAUUUUUCGAUCAUCUCUUUGUCCCUUUAAUUGUGUACUCUGGCGAGAGAGAACGUCGAUAUCUGGAUGCACAUUACUAUCUAAUCGUCCGAGGUUAUUAAACCUUGGAUUUUUUAGAAAUUUUUUUUGAAUAAUAUCGCUAUAUUCUCAUAAAAAAUACGUAAUUGUCAAAAAAUUUCACGUAUAAGUAAUUUAAAAAUCCGACUUUUUUUGCGCGAAUUUUUGAAAAAACGAAUUUGCUUUACACAAUCGACGAAUCGAUUCGACUAUCCUAACAUUCCGAUUGUUUGAUGGACGAAAAGAACGGAAAGAUGAGAAAUGCGCAGUCUUCCUUCUCGCGCGCGUGAUGAGAAUUUUAUUACCUGCGUUCCGUUAUCACUGGCGUCCUAUCAUUUUUAUUAUUUUUAAGCUUAUCACCACUCUUCUUUGUAUAUAUUGGAAAUCUAUAUUUAUUUAGCUAGCCGCGUUUUAUUUAUAUGUACAAAUUUGCGUACAUUUUAAUCAACCAAUUCUUCAAUUAGUGAAUAAGGUUUUAAAUUCUUGUUUCGAGAUUUAAGGAAGAAAAGAUUUGUUUAGGUACUUAAAUGUUUUUGUGUUAAAAUUUGGAAAUUAAUUUAUCUAAAUAUAUAAGAUGUAAAUUGUUUUAUAUGUGUAUAUUCACUUAUUUCAUCGUGCAAAUUUAGCUAAAUGUGUAUUCGAACUGUGGUUAAAAAAAUUUAUAUAAUCACGCGGAAUUGCACUCCGAUGCGUCACAUUUGUGCGAUAUUUUCUCUAAAAGCUGAUUUAUCGCGAGCGAUAACGGUAUAAUUUCGCAUUAUCGUUCGAUAUAAUAUACGUCAACUGCCUCGGGACGUUAAUAUAUAAGCGUUUUAUACUGUUUUAUAUAUAUAUACAUAUAUAUGUGUAUACAUAUAUACAUAUAUAGACGUACAAGAUAUAUUCUAUACCGGAUAUUCCUGGACAUCUCUGAGCGCACAAUCGAUGUCAGUAAUCGUUGCUUGCUAAUCAUUAUCACAUUCUCCCCGAAAUAAUAUUUUCAGUUUCCUGGAUUUUCUAGA